GGGUCGCAAAGUGUCAGACACGACUGAGUGAUUGAACUGGUGGAGGUUAAAACUACUGUCCCCACCUUCCCGCCCCCGGUGUGUCCCAGCAUCGCUCUGAGAGAAGUUCUGAAAUCCUUUAUCUUAACUGCCAGAUCCCUAGGGCCCACAUCACAUUUCUGGUAGUAUCGUUCUAGGAUCCAUAUCCUUCUCUGGCAGUUCUACCUUCUAACGUGUAGGCGCCGCUGCUUCAAGUCCUGCAUUGCUCAACCCCUCCGUCUCUGAUCCAUGAUGAGUUGGAUGAGGCUCUAUUCUGUAUGCAGAAUGCUGGCUGUGUCCGUGGCCGUAGAGGAUUGUGAUUUGUACCUGCUGAGAUCCUCCCUCUGUGUGGGGCUGUGUUACAGGGAGCUCGCUAUGUUUUUCUAAGCAUUGAAUGGCCUGUUUUCUGGGGUCACUUCACAAGACUGAUCUUACCUUAGAAGGAAGCCCAGAGGAAGAGGAAAGUAAGGAGUCAGAAAUGACUCGUUCCCAGGGGCGGCUGACAUUCCAAGAUGUGACCAUAGACUUCACUCAAGAGGAGUGGGAAUGCCUGGACCUCGGUCAGCGGGACUUGUACAGGGAUGUGAUGUUAGAGACCUACGGGAACCUGGCCUCCUUGGGUCUUGUGGUCUCAAAGCCGGACCUGGUCACCUUUCUGGAGCAAAUGAAGACUCCCUGGGAUGUAAGGAGAACGGACACAACAGCCACAUACUCAGGAUGGAGUACUUUCACAUGUACAGAAUGUGACAAAUCAUUUAAUCAGAGUUCAAAACUUAGUCAACAUCAGCGAAUCCAUAUUGGCCAGAAGCCUUAUAAAUGUAAGGAAUGUGGUGAAGGCUUUAGCCAGCACUCAAGUCUUACUUACCAUCAGAGAGUCCAUACACGGGAGAAGUCUUCUAAAUGUAAGGAUUGUGGCAAAGCCUUUAAACAGUGCUCAUGUCUUCAUAAACAUCAGGUAAUUCAUGCUGGAGAGAAACCUUAUAAAUGUCAAGAAUGUUGAAAAGCGUUCAGUCAAUAUGCAACUCUUAUUAAACACCAGCGAAUUCAUACUGGAGAGAAGCCUUAUAAAUGUAAGGAUUGUGGCAAAGGCUUUAUUCAACGAAAAGGUCUUACUUGCCAUCAGAGAAUUCACACUGGAGAGAAACCGUAUAAAUGUCAAGAAUGUGGAAAAGCUUUCAGUCAAUAUGCAACUCGUAAUAAACACCAGCGAAUUCAUACUGGAGAGAAGCCUUAUAAAUGUAAAGAUUGUGGCAAAGGUUUUAUUCAAAGCAAAGGUCUUACUUGCCAUCAGAGAAUUCACACUCGAGAGAAACCUUAUAAAUGUCAAGAAUGUGGAAAAGCUUUCAGUCAAUACGCAACUCUUAUUAAACACCAGCAAAUUCAUACUGGAGAGAAGCCAUAUAAAUGUAAGGAUUGUGGCAAAGGCUUUAUUCAACGCAAAGGUCUUACUUGCCAUCAGAGAAUUCACACUGGAGAGAAACCAUAUAAAUGUCAAGAAUGUGGAAAAGCUUUCAGUCAAUAUGCAACUCGUAAUAAACACCAGCAAAUUCAUACUGGAGAGAAGCCUUAUAAAUGUAAGGAUUGUGGCAAAGACUUUAGCCAGGCCUCAGGCCUUAUGUCCCAUCAGAGAAUUCAUACUGGAGAGAAGCCUUAUAAAUGUAAGGAUUGUGGCAAAGGCUUUAGCUGGCACUCAGGUCUUACUCGCCAUCAAAGAAUUCACACUGGAGAGAAACCUUAUAAAUGUCAAAAAUGUGGAAAAGCUUUCAGUCAACGCUCUACUCUCACUCAACACCAGCGAAUUCAUACUGGAGAGAAGCCUUAUAAAUGUAAGGAUUGUGGCAAAGACUUUAGGCGCCACGCUGGUCUUACUCGCCAUCAGAGAAUUCACACUGGAGGGAAAACUUGUAAAGAAGGUGGUAAAGUUUUCAGUCACUAUGCAACUCUUAUUUAACAUGAGCGAAUUUAUACUGAAGAGGAGCCUUAUAAAUGUAAGGACUGUGACAUAGACUUUAACCCAGCACAUUGGUUUUACUUACCAUCAGAUAAUUCAUACUGA